ACUCUUUUUGUCUUUAAUGCUAAGUCCCCUAGCUCACUGUCCAUUGCUCAACAUUUUAAGCUUAAUGCUAUUUGUUAUCUUAACAGACUUAACUUGAUGCAGAACGAGAGAGAGGGCUUAGCACAUUGUCCAAUGAGAUAGAUGUCAAUGUCAAAAUGCUAUAUAACAUUAACAACUCAGAAGUCCAUUUAUUUGUUAGCAGUUGAAAUAUUGGCACCAAUGUCAAUAAUUGUGAUGGAGGUAGAGGGAGAUAUCUCAAUACCCGCAUACCCAUUAGGACUUUUGGACUAGUGGGUGGGUUUUUGUUGACUUUGCUUAUUAUAUGAAAGAGGUUUUGAAGUGAGCCAAUAUUUGUCCCGCUGCAAGAAAUGGAGUCGAAGGAAUUAAUGUCUUCAAGGCAUAAGCGCUCUAAAAGUGAUUCUGUGAAGAAAAUGAAGGAGGAGAUCUUGGGUCCUUCUGAAUCUUUUCGGCGUCUUAACUUGGACCUGGGCAAAGCCAAGGGUAACCCUGAUGUCAAAAGGAAACCAGACCCCAUUACUGUGGUCCAAAGCUCUUUGAAUCAGGAGAUAUUGCAACUUGAGAGACGGCUAAAGGAUCAAAUGGAGGUUCGUGGUGCUUUAGAGAAAGCAUUGGGAUAUAACAGGCCUUCUGGCAUUGAUUCUUACGAUAGUUUUAUGCCCAAGCCUACCAAAGAGCUGAUAAAGGAGAUUGCAGUGUUAGAGGUCGAGGUGGUGUAUCUAGAACAGUAUCUACUAUCGCUCUACCGAAGAGCUUUUGACCAACAAAUAUCUACUUUAUCUCCUACCACUCCUAAAGAGAAAGCGAGAUGUCCGCCAACUUCCCUACAAAGGAAGCUAUUUCACGAGGAUUCAAAUAUUGACACCUCAUCAGAUAGAGCUAAGUUGAGUCAGAUGCCAAAGCUUCGAAAACCAGUCGUAGAACAAGUAGACGAUCCUUGCUCAGAAAAACUAACAGGCCCUGGGGUUCACCGUUGCCAGUCUGCUUUGUCUCAUCGUGCAGUUUACUCAGCUAGAAUAUCACCUUCAGAAGACAGCUUAGCUAGAGCUCUUCAAACAUGCCACUCUCAACCCUUGAAUUUUAUUGAGGAUGGACAUUGUUCUACUUCAGGGGUGAUAAGCUUAGCAGAAUAUCUUGGUACCAAUAUUGCCGAUCACAUACCUGAUACACCCAAUAGAAUUUCUGAAGAUAUGGUUCGGUGCAUGGGUUCCAUAUAUUGCAAGCUUGCGGACCCUCCACUUAUUCAGUAUUGUAUCCCAUCUUCUCCGACUUCAUCCUUCUCAUCAAUGAGUGCUCUCUCUCCUCAGUACCUCGGAGAUAUGUGGAGUCCUAGUUGUACAAAAGAAUCCACUCUUGAUUCACGGUUAAUAAAUCCGUUUCGGGUGGAAGGAAUAAAAGAGUUCAGUGGACCCUAUAAUGCAAUGGUGGAAGUGCCCUCAAUUUUCACAGACACUCAGAAAUUGAGUGAAGUUGAAGGCCUGCUGCAGAGUUAUAAGUCACUUGUUCACAGAUUGGAAACAGUUGAUCCGAGAAAGAUGAAGAAUGAGGAAAAGAUUGCUUUUUGGAUCAACAUACACAAUUCUUUGAUGAUGCAUGAACAUUUAGUUUAUGGUGUUCCACAGAAGAAUGCAAAAAAGUCAUCCUUACUCAUUCGGGCAUCAUGCGUCAUAGGUGGCCGAUCAAUAAGUGCAUAUACUAUACAGUGUUAUAUUCUUGGAUGCCGUACACAUUGUCCUAGUCAGUGGUUUCGAUCCUUACUUUCCCCAAGGAUGAGCCUGAAGGUAGGAGGUGAAUGGAGAGCCCACGCCAUCGAGCGCGCAGAGCCUCUCCUGCACUUUGCUCUUUGUUCAGGGAGCCAUUCUGAUCCUGCGGUCCGUGUAUAUUCAUGUAAGAGAGUGUUCCAACAACUGGAAACAGCAAAGGUAGAAUACAUUCGUGCAACCGUCGGUAUAAAAAACGAAGACAAAAUCCUCCUGCCAAAAAUCGUAGACUCUUAUUCGAAGGACAUAAACCUGAGUUCUCAAGGAAUCCCGGACAUGAUCAAGCGCCAUCUCCCUGAGACUCUGAAAAUGGCCAUAAAGAGAUGUCAACAAGGGAAAUCUCACAAAAUUAUUGAGUGGGUUCCCUAUAAUUUCACAUUCCGAUAUUUGCUCUCAAGAGAUUUGGCAAGUCCUCAGAUACUAUGAUGAUAUAGACGAUCAUAACUGUUUCCAAUAGAUUGGGGGGAGUAGGAGAUAAGUUACCGAUUAUUCUUUUGGUUUUUAACUUUUGUUUUGUACAAAAUGAGCUGGUAAUUAGCAUAUAAAGGCUGACUACUUCACUGUAUUUUAUGUAGAUCAUCCGAGUGGUUUGCUAAUUUUUGGUGUAAUUAUGGUGUGAAUAAUCGAAUCUUGUUCAAUUGCUUAUAUGAUGUUAAUUUUACCGGGAAGCGAUCAACUCUGUCA